AUGUCAGGCCAGCGACCGUUCGAGGGCAAACUAGCCACCGUAACAGGAUCAUCUCGUAGUUUCGGUGCGGUGAUUGCUCGCCAUCUCGCCGCGAAAGGCGCAAGCAUUGUUGUGAAUUACACCUCAGACAGUUCGAAAGAGAAAGCACAGGAGGUAGUCGAGGAGCUGCGAUCGAGUUAUGGAGUAAAAGCAGCUUCUGCACAGGCCAACCUCUCGACCCUCGAUGGUCCCAAACGACUCGUCGAGAUAGCGAAGGCGGAGUUUUCGGACGCUGAAAACAAAUUCCAGAUCGACAUGAUUAUUAACAAUGCCGGCGUGGCGAACCCGGAAGCUUUGGAGAGCCUGACAGCUGAAGCAUAUGACACUGCUUUCAAUCUCAACGCGAGAGGACCUGCAUUGUCGGGGGUAGGCCGGCGUAUAUUGACGAGGCUGCAGCUAUUGUGA